CGACCCGCGCGCCUGUCUCGUCAGUUCAUUCCGUGCUCGUGAGCCGCCCGCGAUACACGUUCGCGUCGUUCGCGCACCCGUCGCUACCCUCGACGCGGCAACUAAACAUAGUGUGCUGUGCAGUGCUUAUAAAACUUGUACUCAUCUGUGACACUGUGCCUUUGGACACGAAUAGACAUAGGGAAAAAUUUGUGGAGUUGUGCGAUACGAAGAUUGCGGUCCGGCGGGAAGGCGAUUCUUUGAGCGACGAAAGGGUUGGAGUGCGGGGUGCGAAGCGGGCGGAGGGCGGCGCGAGGCCGCGCAAGCGCCCGCCAGUAGGCCGCGCCGCGGCUCCGACACACGCGUUGAUACCGGCGCGCGCGAUGGACGACAAGCCGACCGCCGUCGGCGGCGAGGAGCACUACAGCCUGCGCUGGAACAACCACCAAGCACAUCUGCUACGCUCCUUUGAAGCACUUCUACAUGCGGAAACUCUAGUCGAUGUCACCCUGGUAUGCGCCGAGCGCCGCGUCCGGGCCCACAAAGUGCUUCUUGGCGCGUGCAGCCCUCUAUUUCGGCGAAUAUUCAGCGAGAAUCCGUGCAAGCAUCCUGUGAUCGUGUUAAAAGACUUCCAAGGAUGGGAAGUGCAAGCGGUAGUUGACUUUAUGUACCGUGGAGAAGUUUCUGUAGCUCAGGAACAGCUGGGAACUGUUAUUAAAGCAGGAGAAUCACUACAGGUGCGAGGGCUGGCUGAUCAGGAUCGUGAGGAGCGUUCUCCUCCUCCUACCCCGCUGGCGAGAAGCCCAGUCCAGACGACACCACCAGCGCCGUCCCCGCCAGUGAGCCCAGCGAGCCCACAGCCGCGACGCAAGCAGGCUCGUCCACGUCGCCGCUCAGGAGAAUCAGAUACGCCAGAGAAUUUGUCGAUGCGCCGAUCCCCCAGCGGUGGGCUGAAAGCGGUGCGCUUGGCGAGGCCCAGGUCGCCACCAAAACAAGAACAAAGUGAUGAACAAGAGGCGGAAGUACCACCGCCACCGCGAAUGUUUCCACCACAUCAGGAUAUGUUCCCACCAGUGCCACCAGCUGCUGUGUCUGCUCUAUCUCUGACCCCACCACACAUGUUCGGGCUAGACUCGCCCCUGGGACUGUUCCCGCCGGGCAUGGAACACAAGAUGUACCCACUGAUGGACGUGGAACACCGGGGUCCGCCCCUAGACACACAACUCUUCACCAACGUGAAAAAGAAAUGGAGACCGAAAGGGCAGCACAGCGCACCACGAGGCGGCCCACCCAGAUCCUGGACGAACGCCGAACUGACAGAAGCACUACAACAUGUAUGGAACAAAAAAAUGACUACGAGUCAAGCGUCAAGGAUCUUUGGUAUACCUUACAAUUCCCUAUUGAUGUACGUACGCGGAAAGUACGGCAAAAGUUUAAAGCUGGAACAGCUACGGAAGGACUGCAUUGGCGGACCUCUCGACGUGCUGAACCUCAACUCGGGCAACAACAACAACAAUCACCCCCCGAGUAAACACCACGAUAAAGACGAUCAUCAAAACUCAAGCCAAAGACCGGCGAGCUCCGAACCGGAUAUCUCUUCAAAUCCUAUGUUUAAUCCAUUCCCUCCAGGAUUUUAUCCUGAAUUUACUCCGGGCUUCCCGAUGCCGCUGAACAUGCUGCAUCUGCUCCCGCCAAACGACAAAGCGCGGGAGCUAUAUCAGUCCAUGCCAAUGGCUUUGGACUCUCUUUCGGGUGUGACAAAAGAAGAGGACUGUAAGAGCGACCGGUCAAAGGAAAACUCUGCAGAUGAGGAAGGAGACUCUUACCGCGCGCCAUCACAUCCGCCGCAUCCACCUGAUAAUCGCACGCUCCUCCAUCACAACGGGCAAGACUAAAAUUGCACCGUCUUCCAUCUGUUAACAAGUCUUUGAAUCCCACUAUACCUUCGGCUGCUAAACGAGGACCUUAUAGUAAGACCUAAUUGGAUUAGCUGGUCGCUCUAUUACGGACUAAAACAAAUUAGGUAUCAAAUGAGGAACACUUGAGUAUAUAGGUAAAACUGGAAUUUGGUUAGUGAAUUACCAAAGUAUACAGAAUCAAGUUACCUUUUUGAAAGAAACCUAAAUAUGUAUUUCUUAUUUUUGUAUAUCCUUUUCAGUACCUUUAACCUACUGUAUUUUUAUAUGAGGUACAAACAUUUUUUAAUAUAUUUUAUAAUAUUUUUUUUUUCGUCUAUAAUGAGGACACCGGGUUCUGUAUGCGUGCGUUAGUUACGAUGUGUAAUACUUGCUGGAACACGUGUAUAAGUUGUGAUCUCUUUGAAAUACACUAUAAAAGUUUCAGUUUUGCUAAUGUGUUUCCCCAGUAACUGCGUAACAAUAUUUUUAGAGAGUAUUUGUAAAACACCUCCGUAGCUCGCGACGAGCGGCGUCCACUUUAAAAUUAGUUAAAUUUAUAUUUAAACAUGUGUUAAUAUUGUAAAUGUAUAUUAUAUCGCGUAAGUGAUAGGCGAUAAUUUAUUCCGAAGGAGUGCAAUAAGUAUGAAAGGUGUUGUGAUUGUUAUCGUUAAGAUUUUCCGAACACAUUUUUAUUGUUAACAUUCCAUUCAUACAUUCCACAUUAGUUGGUAGGUGACUCCAUAUCGUUUGCGGCGCAAGCCGCCUAUUUUAGUUACUGUACAAAAUAAGUUUCGCUUCAUAAGACGACGGACCCGUUGUGUUAUAAUUCCAAUGUAGAUAUUAUGUGUUAAAUGUGCGAUUCCACUUCUGCAUUUCACCAAAGUUUGUAAAAUAUUUCGUAAUAAUAGUUAUAUUCGAUGAUAAACAAUUUUAAAUGUAAAUAGUUAUUGAUAAAUCUAAUGGGGAGAUGGGGAUAUAAAGAAUUAACCAUUAUUAUAGACAUUAAGUGUCUAAAAUGGUAAAUAGUAGUGUAUUUGUAAUUGUUGUAGUAUUUAGUGAAGUGAAUAACAGUGAACUGUUCUGGUAGGGAAGCAGACACGACACAGACGGUCCGACGCACUAGUCAAACAUCUGACACUAACACAAAACAUAAACCAAGACACGCUAACUUCCAUCGAAGUGGUCAUGACGAUUAAUUGAAUAAAUUACUUCGCAACCAAAAACAUAAAGUGUCAAGGUAUUCAGUAAAAUAACAAAUCUAUUUUAUAAUAUGUGAUCCCUUAUAAGGCUUCGUUGAAGGCUGAAACAAUUCAGCGGGAGCUGUAAUCACAACUCAUACUGUAUUAUUUUGUAUCUGGAUUCUUCUAUUGAAAUUACCCUAUUAUAAAUAUCCCGAGAGCCUAUAUAAACGGAUUGCCAACUUUAUGUCUGGCAAACACAUAAAAAUCAUUGUCGAUGGUAGCUGCUCCGAUAGCAUGGAUAUUAAUUCUGGCACCCCACAAGGCUCAGUGCUAUCCCCAACGCUAUUUCUACUGCAUAUCAAAGAUGUUAACCUUAGGCGACAUUUAUUACUAUGCCACCUCAGGUUAACAUGUCAUAACAGCACUGGGGAUGACGGGUCGUAAUAAAAUCCCUCAUUCCAUCGUGGAGGACAAUCGUGAACAAAUGUCUCAAAUCGAGAGAACGCUAGCCAGGAUCACCGAUUGGGGAUAACAAAACUUAGUCCAAUUUAAUUUCACUAAAACAUAAGCUUGCGCAGCUUGUGUAUUAGCGGGAUUAUCACCACUAAAAACCCCAUUUGUUGUGGCACCACAAUGCCAAGGCACGUCCCUUAUCAUCUCUAGAAGCAUUGGGAUUUUUGGCUAACGUACAGUUCUGUGGCCAGCUAGAAAACAAAGUCGAUCUCGCAUCCAAAAACAGUGUAUUUAAAGCGAAGUAAUACUUCGUGCCGAAUCAAGGAUUGCUGCUCUAUAAGUAGUAAAUCUAGCCCAACAUGGAGUUCUUCAUUUAAGUGCAAAGCUAUGAAAAUUGUCGAUGAACUAGGAUUACAAGGGGUAUCGAGCCCUUAAAAGUCUUAGGAGAGAUUUUGCCUCACUCUGCGUGUUCUACCGCUUGUACAAUGGACUGUGUUGUGAGGAAUUUUAUAACAUGAU